UCUGUCUGUCCACGUCUCAUCCACCUCUGUUCAUUCAGAGUUAAAUUUUAAUAAAACAACGCUGUUGAAGAUGUCAGGAGAGCUGCGGUCAGAGCUGGAGAAAUAUCUGGAGACUUUAAACAUCCAGACGAGCUGCGUGGAGCACCCACCGGUGUUCACGGUGGAGGAGAUGAUGCCUCAUCUGCAGGGACUGAGCGGAGCUGUCACUAAGAACCUUUUCCUGAAGGACAAGAAGAAAAAAGGUCUGUGGCUGGUGUCUGCUCGCCACGACCACCAGGUGAACCUCAACGACCUCGCCAAGAAGCUCAGUGUGGGCAGUGGCAACCUGCGCUUUGCAGAUGAGGCGAUAAUGUUAGAGAAACUCAAGGUGGGUCAGGGCUGUGCCACGGCUCUCUCUCUGCUCUUUGAUAAGGAUCAGAGUGUGAAGUUCGUCCUGGACCGAGACUUGGUGGAGGGAGGUCACGAGAUGGUUUACUUUCACCCCAUGACCAACGCCGCCACCAUGGGACUCCGACCAGAAGACCUGCUGCGCUUCCUAAAGGAGACAGGACACGAGCCAGUGUUAGAGAGCUUUGAGUAGAAGGGACAACAAACUGGACUUGACUAAAUGCUGGAAACAUGAACAGCUUUGGAUAUAACAUGGAUAUCAACUCUUGGUAGAGCAGAGCACAAAAACAACCAGAAUAAUAAGAUUCCUUUGUUUCAAGUUUCAAACAAAAAAAACUUUCUUUUUUCUUUGUAUUUCUGACAAAAAUAAGGUUUAUUUGAAAAUGAUUUUCAAAAUUAUGCAAUAUCUCUACACACUUCAGCCUUACAGAUUUUUUAUUGUUUUUUUCUGAUUCUUUGCCAAGAUGAAGUCUCACUAAAAACCACAUUGUUGGUUUUACACUCAUAGGCUUACUAUAGAGACUGAGAACAAUGAUUCUUGAUUCCUGUUUUUUUUUUUUUUUUUUUUUUUUUUGCAUAUUUAUCAGACUUAAAUGUUUUGGAUCAUCAGACCAAUUUAA